UUCAUCAGCAGUUCGAAAUGUAUAAGGAACAGGUAAAGAAGAUGGGAGACGAAUCACAGCAGCAGCAAGAACAGAAGGGUGAUGCCCCAACCUGUGGUAUCUGCCACAAAACAAAGUUUGCUGAUGGAUGUGGCCAUAAUUGUUCAUAUUGCCAAACAAAGUUCUGUGCUCGUUGUGGAGGUCGAGUGUCAUUACGCUCAAACAAGGUUAUGUGGGUAUGUAAUUUGUGCCGAAAACAACAAGAAAUCCUCACUAAAUCAGGAGCAUGGUUUUAUAAUAGUGGAUCUAAUACACCACAGCAACCUGAUCAAAAGGUUCUCCGAGGACUGCGGAAUGAAGAGGCGCCUCAGGAGAAGAAAGCAAAACUACAUGAGCAGGCCCAUUUCCAAGGACCCUCAGGUGACUUAUCUGUACCUGCAGUGGAGAAAAGUCGAUCUCAUGGGCUCACAAGACAGGAUUCUAUUAAGAAUGGGUCAGGAGUGAAGCACCAAAUUGCCAGUGACGUAGCUUCAGACAGGAAAAGAAGUCCAUCAGUCUCCAGAGAUCAGAAUAGAAGAUACGACCAAAGAGAAGAAAGAGAGGAAUAUUCACAGUAUGCUACUUCAGAUAGCGCAAUGCCUAGAUCUCCAUCAGAUUAUGCUGAUAGGAGGUCUCAACGUGAACCUCAGUUUUAUGAAGAAUCUGAUCAUAUAAACUAUAGGGACUCCAACAGGAGAAGUCGUAGGCAUUCCAAAGAAUAUAUUGUAGAUGAUGAGGAUGUGGAGAGCAGAGAUGAAUAUGAAAGACAAAGGAGAGAGGAGGAAUACCAGGCACGUUAUCGAAGUGAUCCAAAUUUGGCCCGUUAUCCAGUAAAGCCACAGCCCUAUGAAGAACAAAUGCGUAUUCAUGCUGAAGUGUCUCGAGCAAGGCAUGAGAGAAGGCAUAGUGAUGUUUCUUUGGCAAAUGCUGAACUGGAAGAUUCCAGGAUUUCUAUGCUAAGGAUGGAACGACCAUCAAGGCAAAGAUCUAUAUCUGAACGUAGAGCUGCCUUGGAAAAUCAGCGAUCUUAUUCAAUGGAAAGAACUCGAGAGGCUCAGGGACCAAGUUCUUAUCCACAAAGGACCACAAACCAUAGUCCUCCUACCCCCCGGAGGAGUCCAAUACCCAUUGAUAGACCAGACAUGAGACGUACUGACUCACUAAGGAAACAACACCACUUAGAUCCUAGCUCAGCUGUAAGGAAAACGAAACGGGAAAAGAUGGAGACAAUGUUAAGGAAUGAUUCUCUCAGUUCCGACCAGUCAGAGUCAGUGAGACCUCCACCACCAAAGCCUCACAAAUCAAAGAAAGGAGGUAAAAUGCGCCAGGUUUCAUUGAGCAGUUCAGAGGAGGAAUUGGCUUCCACGCCUGAAUAUACAAGUUGUGAUGAUGUUGAGAUUGAAAGUGAGAGUGUAAGUGAAAAAGGAGACAUGGAUUACAACUGGUUGGACCAUACGUCUUGGCAUAGCAGUGAGGCAUCCCCAAUGUCUUUGCACCCUGUGACGUGGCAGCCAUCUAAAGAUGGAGACCGUUUAAUUGGUCGGAUUUUAUUAAAUAAGCGUCUGAAAGAUGGAAGUGUAACUCGAGAUUCAGGAGCAAUGCUUGGCUUGAAGGUUGUAGGAGGAAAGAUGACUGAAUCAGGUCGGCUCUGUGCAUUUAUUACCAAAGUAAAAAAAGGAAGUUUAGCUGACACUGUAGGACAUCUUAGACCAGGUGAUGAAGUGUUAGAAUGGAAUGGAAAGCUAUUGCAAGGAGCCACAUUUGAAGAAGUAUAUAACAUCAUUCUGGAAUCCAAACCUGAACCACAAGUGGAGCUUGUUGUUUCAAGGCCUAUUGGGGAUAUACCUAGGAUACCUGAUAGCACACAUGCACAACUGGAGUCUAGUUCUAGCUCAUUUGAAUCUCAAAAAAUGGAUCGUCCUUCUAUUUCUGUUACCUCUCCCAUGAGUCCUGGCGCGUUGAGGGAUGUUCCACAGUUCUUAUCUGGACAACUUUCAAUAAAACUAUGGUUUGACAAGGUUGGUCACCAAUUAAUAGUUACAAUUUUGGGAGCAAAGGAUCUCCCUUCCAGGGAAGAUGGGAGGCCAAGGAAUCCUUAUGUUAAAAUUUACUUUCUUCCAGACAGAAGUGAUAAAAACAAGAGAAGAACUAAAACAGUAAAGAAAACGUUGGAACCCAAAUGGAACCAAACAUUCAUUUAUUCUCCAGUGCACCGAAGAGAAUUUCGGGAACGAAUGCUGGAGAUUACCCUAUGGGAUCAAGCUCGCGUUCGAGAGGAAGAAAGUGAAUUCUUAGGAGAGAUUUUAAUUGAAUUAGAAACAGCAUUAUUAGAUGAUGAGCCACAUUGGUACAAACUUCAGACCCAUGAUGUCUCUUCGUUACCACUUCCCCACCCUUCUCCAUAUAUGCCACGGCGACAGCUCCAUGGCGAGAGCCCAACACGCAGGUUGCAAAGGUCAAAGAGAAUAAGUGAUAGUGAAGUCUCUGACUAUGACUGUGAUGAUGGAAUUGGUGUAGUAUCAGAUUAUCGACACAAUGGUCGAGAUCUUCAAAGCUCAACGUUAUCAGUGCCAGAAGAAGUAAUGUCAUCAAACCAUUGUUCACCAUCAGGGUCUCCUCACCGAGUAGAUGUUAUAGGAAGGACUAGAUCAUGGUCACCCAGUGUCCCUCCUCCACAAAGUCGGAAUGUGGAACAGGGACUUCGAGGGACACGGUCUACUACCGGACAUUAUAAUACAAUUAGCCGAAUAGAUAGACAUCGUGUCGUGGAUGACCGUUAUUCUCCAGAUAGGGACAGUCAUUUUCUUACUCUACCUCGCUCCAGAAACAGUCAGACCAUUGAACACCAUCACAGGGAUGGCAGGGAUUGUGAAGCAGCAGAUAGACAGCCAUAUCACAGAUCCAGAUCAACAGAACAACGGCCUCUCCCAGAGCGGACCACCACCCGCUCCAGAUCCACUGAACGUCCUGAUACAAACCUCAUGAGGUCGAUGCCUUCAUUAAUGACUGGAAGAUCUGCCCCUCCUUCACCUGCCUUAUCGAGAUCUCAUCCUCGUACUGGGUCUGUCCAAACCAGUCCAUUAAGUACUCCAGUGGCAGGACGAAGGGGCCGACAACUUCCACAACUUCCACCAAAGGGGACACUGGAGAGAAAAGAAGUGGACUCCACACGGAGAAGACAUGCAGGUGCUAUGGAUAUAGAGGAGAGAAAUCGCCAAAUGAAAAUUAACAAAUACAAACAGGUAGCCGGAUCAGAUUCCAGACUGGAACAAGAUUACCAUUUGAAGUAUCGAUCAGGAUGGGAUCCUCAUAGAGGGGCAGAUAAUAUUUCCACUAAAUCUUCGGACAGUGAUGUAAGUGAUAUAUCUGCGGUUUCAAGGACUAGUAGUGCUUCUCGUUUCAGCAGCACAAGCUACAUGUCUGUCCAAUCAGAACGGCCAAGAGGAAACAAGAAAAUCAGUGUCUUUACGUCCAAAAUGCAAAGCAGACAAAUGGGCAUCUCAGGGAAGAACAUGACUAAAAGCACCAGCAUCAGCGGAGACAUGUGCUCGCUGGAGAAGAAUGAUGGCAGCCAGUCUGACACUGCAGUGGGCGCCUUGGGCUCCAGCAGCAAAAAGCGGCGCUCUAGCAUUGGGGCCAAAAUGGUAGCUAUCGUUGGUCUCUCCCGGAAAAGUCGCAGCGCUUCUCAGCUCAGCCAAACGGAAGCGGGAGGUAAAAAGCUGCGGAGCACUGUCCAGAGAAGCACCGAAACAGGCCUGGCUGUGGAAAUGAGGAACUGGAUGACUCGACAGGCAAGCCGAGAAUCUACGGAUGGCAGCAUGAACAGCUACAGCUCAGAAGGAAAUCUGAUUUUCCCUGGUGUCCGCUUGGCCUCUGAUAGCCAAUUCAGCGAUUUUCUGGAUGGUCUUGGCCCUGCCCAGCUAGUGGGGCGCCAGACUCUGGCUACACCUGCAAUGGGUGACAUUCAGGUAGGAAUGAUGGACAAAAAGGGACAGUUGGAGGUGGAAAUCAUUCGCGCCCGUGGCCUUGUUGUAAAACCAGGUUCCAAGACACUGCCAGCACCAUAUGUAAAGGUGUAUCUAUUAGAUAAUGGAGUCUGCAUAGCCAAAAAGAAAACAAAAGUGGCAAGAAAAACGCUGGAACCACUUUACCAGCAGCUAUUAUCUUUCGAAGAGAGUCCCCAAGGAAAGGUUUUACAGAUCAUUGUCUGGGGAGAUUAUGGCCGCAUGGAUCACAAAUCCUUUAUGGGAGUGGCCCAGAUACUUUUAGAUGAACUGGAGCUAUCCAAUAUGGUGAUUGGAUGGUUCAAACUUUUCCCCCCUUCCUCCCUAGUAGAUCCAACCUUGGCUCCUCUGACGAGAAGAGCUUCCCAGUCAUCUCUGGAAAGUUCAACCGGACCUUCUUACUCUCGUUCAUAGCAGCUGUAAAACUGUUGUCAUAGCAACCAGCGUUACAAAAAAAAAAAAUCACAGGUCGCAAACCCUGGUAACACUGCAUGCUUAAUGUUGUGUCUUCUGAGCCUGUUUCUAGGGAUACAAAGCGAUCCUGUGUUCUCAGAGGAAGUUGCACACAUUGUGCCCUCAAGGAGGCCCUCAGGUGAAAGCGCAGAGCUGUGAAGAACUAGCAGGUUUGAAGUUCAUUAACACUCGAGUCUGGUCCAAUCUGAAGCCAUGGAUUAAUCUCAAAGAGUCAGUCAGUUUCAUGCAACAAAAGCCCUUUUCAAUGGCACCUUUAUAUUUUUAUUGUUCCUUUUUCUUCGUUUCUCUGACCCCAGAGCCCUGUUAUGCCACAGAAAUGGAGCUAUACAGCCAUUAAGCCAUGUUACGAGUCAAGGAGUGAAGUCCUAGGAAGCAUCAGGUGAAAAGCAAGAGACCAAAGAAGUGGUCCAGGACAAAACCUCAGCCCUGCUCUGGCCGGUGAGCAGGGGCAGCCAGUCCACCGUGAGCAGCGGCGGACUACGGAGCCCCAGCAGGCACGGCAUUCACUAAUGCCGAGAUGUGUUGGACUCUGAAAAACAAAAUUCUGUGGCUACACUGUACUGAACGAAAUUAAAGAAACUUUUUUUGCAUGGACACAGAUUAGCUGAAUAUUUAAAUUAUUUUCUUGAGGCUGCAACUUGCAAAAAAAAAAAAGAAUAAAAAUCAGCCAUUUUCAACAAUUUAUAUUAUUUUUAAAAAUAAAUUUCACUAGUGCAUGGUUUUACAAGGGGGAGAGAAUGCAACAGGGUGAUACAAAGACGCACCAUGUUUAUUCUUUAAUCAUAGUCUGUGUUUUGGCAGACAUUACAAGUGAAAAUACUUUCUAGAAGAUACUUAAAAUCUCUUUAUGUGACAAAUAAGUAUAACAUUCAAAUUAUUUCCAUGUUAAACAUACAAAUCUUACGAAGUUCAAUAUGUGCAAAUUGUUCACAUCUUUCUUCCUCUUCUCUAUCUCACUCUUCCUCCUCUCCCUCUUUUAAUCUUUUAUUUCUUUCUCCCUCCCAAAGUGAACAUUAUACUAAAAAAUUACGAGUUUUUGACCUGAUACUCUCUUAUACCCCAUGUUUGAUUCAGAGCUCUAGAUGCUUCUGAAUUUAUGAAUUUCUCAAGGGGAAAAAAAUACUAUUUAUGAGCUUUCUUUAUUUCAAGCAUGUUGAAAAGGAUUUUGCAACAUGACUUGGGAGUACGUUAAAGUAAGUCAGCAUGUAUUUGAUAAAGAAGAUAUUUGAACUUUUGCAUUUUAUUGUACAGUGCAUGGUAAUUUUAUUUUCACCUUCAAAGUUCAGUUUACAAGAAAAUCCUAAAAUCAUGUGGCCAUUGUAAUGUCUAAUAAAUUUGUUUUUAGCACCAGCAUUAUUCAUACAGGGGUUAAAGUAUUAUUUCUAGAAGGUCUUAGGUUUUGUUUUUUAAUUAAUUAAAACAGUUUCUUUAGUCAAUUUCCAUUUACUAUGUGAAUAGAAACACUGCUAAAAAUUUGGAGCCCUGAAACACAGGGAUGUUUAUUAAUUCAUUUUUCUGUAGUAAAAUUCAAUUUUUCACAAAUUAUAUUUCUAAAGAAAUAUAGUAAACAUAAAUUUGCAACAAAUAAUUUUAAAGCUCCAAUUUUUAGGUGACUCAAAGAAGGUCAAUCUACCUAUUAACUGUUCUUCGAUGCCAUCACCAAAAGUCUACACACAAAUCCCCUACAGUCAAACCCCUGCCUUUGGUUUUACAGACAGUUGUUACCAUUUGGUGGUGCUGCGAGGUCAAAUUUCUCUUAAGUUCCCCUAUUUAGAGGAAAAGUCACUGGUUAAUGUAAUACACCACACAUACUUUCUGUUUCUUUAUGUACACAUUGAUAACACAUUCUUAUAGAUUGAUUUUAAUUUCUUAUAAUAACUUGUGAAAUCCACAUACAUAUCAUUCGUUUAAACUAAGGCCAUGCAGAGAAGUUGCUUUCUUUUUUUUUUUUCCUUUUAAACUCAGUACUGACCGUUAAAAACUAUCAUGCCUGCUAUGGUGCAAAAGUUAAAAUGAGUAUCACUAAAAAUGCCUUCUCUUUAUGUGGUGCAAUAUGAAAUACACCAAGACCCUGUCUUGACGUUCUGAGAUCUAUGAUGGACCCAGGUAAAGUUGUUAAAAGAACGAAUAAAACCUUAUGGAAAUAAUUUAGACACUUGUGUACCAGCAACAAUUGAUUUAAUAGACCUAUAGUGUCUAUACUUAGCCCUUAGAAUAAACGUUUACCAUUUUCCUGAUACUAAGAUGCAGUCCUAUAAUCUUUUGUGCAUAUUCCUAUAUAAAUUAUUUCUAAUUUUAAUAAGAAGGACAUGACUGUAUGGAAUAUUUGUACAUACUUGUCAUUAUGCAGUAUUUAUUUAAAAGUUGGUGUAUUUUUUUUUUAUUUUCACAUGUCUGCACCUCGACUUGUGGUUUAGUCAUGUAAAUAGCACUAUUCCAGUGACCAUUGCUGCCCUGUACAUAGUAUGUUUUAAAAGUAAAGGGAAUUCCAGUUGGAAAAAAAAGGGCAGAUUAGUUCUGUAAUGAACACCAACUAAUGUAAAUCAAAUUCAUUCUGGUGAUGGUAUUUAACACUUUAAAUAAAACAUUUUCUUUA